AUGGCCACCGAACUUGCAACCCCGCGCAAGUGCCUGGGAACCGACUGCAAGGAAGACGCCAGCGCGCUGCAAUGUCCCACUUGCCAGAAGAUCGGGAAGGAGUCUUACUUCUGCUCGCAAGAUUGCUUCAAGAAGAACUGGAGUGAGCACAAGGCACUACACAAAGCCGCCGGCGCAACCUCAAGUAACCCUCUCCGUAACAUCUUUCCGCCGAAGGUUAUCUCACAGCCCGACCCAGAAACCGGCCACUACAACCCCUUCCCUUCCUUCUCCUUCACCGGCGAUCUUCGGCCCGUCUACCCUCUGUCGCCCCGCAGAGAGGUGCCCAAGACUAUUCCUUACCCCGACUACGCGAAGGAUGGUAUUCCCAGGAGCGAGCAGAUUUUUGUCAACAGACACAAGAUCAAGGUUCUCGACGCGAAGGAGAUCGAGGGUAUGAGGAAGGUGUGCCGCCUGGCCAGAGAAGUGCUGGAUGAGGCCGCCAGGGCAGCAGUGCCUGGCGUUACAACGGAUUAUAUCGACGAGGUCGUGCACAAGGCCUGCGUCGCGCGCAACUCUUACCCAUCCCCUCUUAACUACUGCCACUUCCCGAAGUCCGUUUGCACUUCUCUCAACGAGAUCAUUUGCCACGGAAUUCCCGAUCAGCGUGUCUUGCAGGAUGGCGAUAUCCUCAAUAUCGACGUCACGCUCUACCACGAAGGCUUCCACGGCGAUAUCAACGAAACAUACUACAUUGGCGAAAAGGCGCUCGCCGACGCGGACUCUAUUCGCGUCGUCGAAACAGCACGCGACACGCUAGAAGAGUCCAUCAAGAUUGUGAAGCCGGGCAUGCUGUUCCGUGACCCCGGAAACGUCAUCGAGAAGCUGGCCAAGCAGAGAAAUUGCAGUGUAAUCAAGACGUACUGUGGCCAUGGCAUCAACCAGCUGUUCCACUGCCCGCCCAACGUCCCUCACUAUGCCAAGAACAAGGCCGUCGGCACGGCCAAGCCUGGAAUGUGCUUCACUAUUGAGCCCAUGAUCGCACUGGGAACCCACAGGGACAAGACCUGGCCGGACGACUGGACCAGCGCUACGCAGGACGGCAAGAGGACAGCACAGUUUGAGCAUACUCUGCUUGUCACUGAAGAUGGCGUGGAGGUCCUGACGGCAAGACUACCGGAUUCGCCGGGCGGUCCUGUUCCGAUACCGGGGAUCACGGAUGGAGCUACGAAGGAGGAGGCUACUAACGGAGCUUGA